AUGCUACCAGAGCAUGAAAUCGGAAGCGACUCGGAUUCGGACACCGAUUCGCAAAAAAACAUGGAUGUGGAAAUGCAAAAUCAAGUAGAAGAGCAACCGAAAGAAAAGAAGAAACACACAAGUGCCGCGUGUUCAACGUCUGCCGCAGUCACCGUACGAAAUCUAAUAACGCAAUUGACCCAGGAGUUAGAAAAAAUUCGAAAAGAAGUCGAAAAUAAGGAGAACAUCGCCAGACGCGCUCGGGAUGAAAUGGAGAGUGUGGAUUUCAACUGA